UUUAUGUUAGUUGAAGCAGCUGCAUAUAUUUGCAAUAUAGGCAAUGACAAAUCUGAAAAAGAUGGAAUUGACUGUCGUGAAAAACAUAAAAAUAAUUGGGAUAAAUGGUAUAUUUGGUAUGCAAAAAUCCCUUAAUCGGAUUACAGAAGAACCUAUUAAUGAAGAUUUACAUCGUUUACUAAAGUCUGAAACUCGCAAACUUGUUAAAGAGGCAAUUAUUGAAGA